AUGACAGUGGGGGCUCGACUCUGGCUGCCAGGCGGUCCUGAGCGCUGCAGGAAGCAACAUGACUUAGGCACCUGCCUUGAGGUCCCAGGCAUCUCCAGGGCUGCGUCUGCAGCUGGCCUGGCCCUCUCCCUAGGUGCACCAACCAUGAUGCCGCAGCCCCAAGUGGAGACAGAUGCCAUCGGGGCCGGCGAGGGGCCGCAGCAGGCAGUGCCCUGGUCGGCCUGGGUCACGCGGCAGGGCUGGGUGCACUGGUGCAGGUGCCACGUGCCUCGGAGCUGGGCCCAGUGGUGGACCACGUCGGGCUGGCGGCAACCAUUUCAGCGUGUGCUGAGGGGUCUGGAGGGGGUCCUCUACCUGCUGCUGUCGCUGAUGCUGUGCCACGCGCUCUUCACCACCGGCUCCUACCUGCUGAGCUCCUUGUGGCCUGUCGCGGCCGCAGCGUGGAGCCAUCUGCUGCCAGCUGUCCUGCUGCUGGUGCUCAGCGCUCUCCCGGCCCUGCUCUUCACUGCCUCCUUCCUGCUGCUUUUCUCCACGCUGCUGAGCCUCGUGGGCCUUCUCACCUCCAUGUCUCACCCAGACUUCGCUCAGGACUCGGACCAAUAGAAGGGCAACCCCAUCCUGCUGCCUGUGUCUGUUGAGC